CAUUGCGACAAGGGUGAACCUAAAACGUGUGUUAUCUUUAUAAACAAGAACGGUCACAUUCUUAAACACCUUACUACUAGGGAGUCUUAAUAAGUCAGUCAACUAAGUUACAACGGGUGUCAGUUGCCUCCAUUUCAGAUGAUUUUGUACUCGACUAGAACACAGGGUGUCACAGUUUGUAUGUUUUGGUUAGAUCUGAACGUUAGUAAUGGACAGUUACACCGAUUUCAGUUUGACAACCCAUUCUGAAGACUAGUGAGAAGCUACAGUCAUGAUGAGGAGCACUGCGCUGUUCUGUCUCCUGUCCGUCUCAGGACUGUGUUACCUGACUCUCAGUAUCUCCCCUCCUCAGUAUCACUAUAUUAGCCUUCAAAUGAAUUAUAGCCAAGCCCAGACUUACUGUAGAGACAUGUACACUGACUUGGCAACCAUCUACAACUCAGGGGAUCUGGAUAGACUUGUACAAUUGGUACCGAAUGGUACAGCCAGUGUAUGGAUAGGACUGGAGUUUGGAGAUGAAUUUGAGUGGCGCUGGUCAUUACCAGAUCAGAGAAAGAUUGAGUUUUUCAACUGGAGGGCAGCAGAGCCGAAGCAAAACAAUACUCAAGACAGCUGUGCUGCAAUGGAUCCAAACGGACAGUGGUUUGAGGAUAACUGCCAAAUCAAAAGAGGUUUUGUUUGCUUUGAUGGGAAAAACGCUAGUAACAGUCACAUCUUCAUUGAUGACAGCAAGACUUGGAGAGAGGCUCAAGACCACUGCCGGGGUACGUAUACAGACCUGGCCAGCAUACGGUCCAGAGAGGAAAACCAUCACGUCCAGAACAUGUCACUGUCCCAGAGCAUGUGGAUUGGUCUCUUCAAAGACCCAUGGAAGUGGUCAGAUGGGAGCAACUCCUCAUACCGCUUCUGGAAGACCAAUCAGCCUAACAACUUCAGAGGGGACCAGAACUGUACUUCUGUUAUACUCAACGAUAACAAGUGGAAUGUCCAGUGGUGCAACAUCAGUUGGGGGUUUGUCUGCCAUGGUGAAAUGAAGCGACCAACUACCCAGAUGCCACCUACAACUCCUCCCACAGCUACUGUGCUUGCCACUGCUGAACAGUCAACUACAGAUGAAGUAACACCUAAGCUAACAACUACCCAUUUUGUGCAGAUUCAACAUAUUCUUUUAGAUCUUUUACCAACCUCUGACCAAGCAACUACUGUAGGCUUACCUGUUCAAAACACUCCAUCUACACCAGUACCAACUACAUUCACGACCACAGACCAAGGUUCAAUUGAACAGUUAACUACAAAACACCUAACUACCGAACAUGGAACUACUGUUAAAAAACCAACUACAUUCAAUACCACAGUAAAUGUCACUAAACAGUUGACUACUGAACGCCUAACGUCUGACCAAGCGACUAUUGUACCUGUUCAAAGCAAUAUCUCAAUGCCUGUACCAGUUUCAUUGAUUUCCACAGAACAUGUUUCAACUGAACAGUUAGCUACUGAACACCUAACCUCUGACCCAGCAACUCCUGUACCUGUUCAAAGCAAUAUCUCAAUGCCUGUAGCAACUACAUUAACUAGAGAGCAAGCAACUACUGGUUACAUACCUACAAGCGCUACUUUCAAUACCACAGUGUGUGUUUCUACUGAACACCUAACCUCUGAUCCACUGACUACUGUACCUGUUCAAAAACCAACUACAUUCAAUACCACAGUGCAUGUUUCUACUGAACACCUAACCUCUGACCCACUGACUACUGUACCUGUUCAAAAACCAACUACAUCCAAUACCACAGUGCAUGUUUCUACUGAACACCUAACCUCUGACCCACUGACUACUGUACCUGUUCAAAAGCCAACUACAUCCAAUACCACAGUGCAUGUUUCAACUGAAGAGGCAACUCCUGAACGCUCAACCGCUAACCAAGCCACUACUGCUUACUUACAUGAAACAACUGUACCUGUUGGAAACACUCCCUCAACACCAGUACCAACUACGUUCAAUACCACAGUGCAUGUUUCUACUGAACACCUAACCUCUGACCCACUGACUACUGUACCUGUUCAAAAACCAGCUACGUUCAAUACCACAGUGCGGGUUUCUACUGAACACCUAACCUCUGACCCACUGACUACUGUACCUGUUCAAAAUCCAGCUACGUUCAAUACCACAGUGCGGGUUUCUACUGAACACCUAACCUCUGACCCACUGACUACUGUACCUGUUCAAAAUCCAGCUACGUUCAAUACCACAGUGCGGGUUUCUACUGAACACCUAACCUCUGAUCAAGCAAUUACUGAACCUGUUCAAAACACUCCUUCUACACCUGUACCAGCUAGAUUCACUACCACAGAGGAUGUUUCAAUUGAACAGUUAAUUGCUGAAAACCAAACUACAGAUCAAGUGACUAUUGGUUACUUACCUAAAAGUGCUUCUACUGCACCAGUCCAAAACAUUCCCUCAUCGUCUGUACCAGAUACAUUCACUACCACAAAGCAAGUUUCAACUGAACAGUUAACUACUGAACACGUAACUACACAACAUGAAACUAAUGUACCUGUUCAAAGCAUUAUCUCAUCGUCUGCACCAACUACCACAGAACACGCUUCAACUGAAAUGUUAACUACUGAACACGUAACCUCUGACCCACUGACUACUGUACCUGUUCAAAGCAUUAUCUCAUCGUCUGCACCAACUACCACAGAACACGCUUCAACUGAAAUGUUAACUACUGAACACGUAACCUCUGACCCACUGACUACUGUACCUGUUCAAAUACCAACUACAUUCAAUUCCACAGAACAUACUUCACCAGAACAGUUAACUACUGAACACCUAACCUCUGACCCACUGACUACUGUACCUGUUCAAAUACCAACUACAUCCAAUACCACAGUGCGUGUUUCUACUGGACAGCUGUCUACCAGACUCCUAACCUCUGACCCACUGACUACUGUACCUGUUCAAAAACCAACUACAUCCAAUACCACAGUGCAUGUUUCUACUGGACAGCUGUCUACCAGACUCCUAACCUCUGACCCACUGACUACUGUACCUGUUCAAAAGCCAACUACAUUCAAUACCACAGUGCAUGUUUCAACUGAAGAGGCAACUCCUGAAAGCUCAACCGCUAACCAAGCCACUACUGCUUACUUACCUGAAACAACUGUACCUGUUGGAAACACUCCCUCAACACCAGUACCAACUACGUUCAAUACCACAGUGCAUAUUUCUACUGAACACCUAACCUCUGACCCAGUGACUACUGUACCUGUUCAAAACAGUCCCUCAACGUCUAUACCAACUACAUUCAAUAGAACAGACCAAGUUUCAACUGAACAGUUAACUACUGAACAUCUAAAUACAGAAAGUGCACCUACUGUACCUUUUCAAAGCAUUAUCUCAUCGUCUGCACCAACUACCACAGAACAUGCUUCAACUGAAAUGUUAACUACUGAACACUCAACUACAGAGAAAGUGACUACUGAUUUCUCACCUACAAGAGCUUCUAAUGCUAAUGUCCAAAACAUUUCCUCAACGUCUUUACCAAGUACAGUCAAUGACACAGUGCAUGUUUCAACUGAAGAGGCGACUACUAAACACCUUACUACUGAGAAUGUAAAACAUCAAUCAACAACUGAGACUGCAGACACAGAAAUGCAACACAGCAUUACACAAGUGACUACUGAACAUACUUCUGCCCUACAUAUAACCACAGUGGCUGAGACUGCUCCAUACAGUACUACAAAGCCUGUCAGUCUCUCCACUGUUAUGCCAAAUGAAAACAGUCAAGGUUUAAGUCCAGACAACCUGAUAUUGAUCCAUGAGAACAUGACGUGGAAUGAGGCCCUGAGCUACUGCAGAGAGCACCACAUUGACCUGGUCUCGAUCACUACAGAGCUGCUUCAGUACUGGGUGACAGAGAGGGCUGCCAACGCCACCUCAUCCCACGUCUGGGUGGGCCUGCGCUUCACCUGUUCAUUCCACUUCUGGUUCUGGAUCAGGUCUGAUGCAGGCUGCUACCAGAACUGGGCCCCCGGGCACGGCUCAGACAGCCAGCAGGACUGUGGGAUUGCAGGGGCUGUAGAGACCACCGGGAGGCAGCAAUGGGUUAGUCUGGAGGAGAACCAGAGACUCAACUUCAUCUGCUACAAAUGUUCUGGGGACAGUGGUGAGGGGUUGAUACAUCCCUGAUUCGGACAACUUUUGUAUUAUGUAUGUUUCUUGUGCAACGUGAAAAAUGUACACUACCGUUCAAAAGUUUGGGGACACUUAGAAAUGUCCUUGUUUUUGAAAGAAAGCACAUUUUUGUCCAUAAAAUAACAUCAAGUUGAUCAGAAACAUAGUGUAGAUAUUGUUAAU